AUGCAAACCUCUAAUUUUAAUACUUAUGAAAAAAAGUUUGAAGACCAAUAUCAUUGUACUUGUUGUUUAUGUAAAAGAGUUGUACUUCUUAGAAAUGGUUUAAAGAAAAUAAAAACUACAGACCUUUGUAUCCUUAUUCUUAAGUCCUUAAAAGAACUAAAACCAGAGAAGGAAUUUUAUUCGAUGAAGCAAGACAUUUAUGAGUUUGUUACUGAACAUUGGAAUUGUGUAAAAGAUUUUAGUGUUUUUACCAAACCACACUGGAAAAAAAUAUUAUUGGAUACUUUUAAUCAUUGCACCAACAUUGAGACUGGUAAAAAUUUUAAGUUAAGAGCUUCUUUUAGGAUUCGUAGUAAAACUGCUAAUGAUAAUAAAAGUGAGUCUUCAGAAAGUGGUGCUAAAACUGUGGUUAGUUCUGUUGAACUAUCUCCUUCAGUUCAAUCACAAACUUCCUUAAUUGAAAUUGAUACAACCCAAUACAUUCAAACUCUUCUUCAAUUACAAUCUUUGUUAUAUAAUGAUGCUGCUUUAUUAAAAAAAUAUUAUAGACUAUUAGGGGAAAAAAAUCCUUCAGAGCGUUGGAGAGUACAGUACAAUACCCUUUCUAGAAGAGCAUUUAAUUUUGGUGUUUAUGCUCAAAGUGUUCAUUAUUUCCAUUAA